CUGCAACAGACAUGCAAGAAUUUCCCGCCUUUGCGCUUCAUAGAGCAAUGACACCAUGAGUCGCCUAUAGUAGCCUCCGCGUACUGCAUAUUGCCACAUCUUUGUGCGUCGGCGUUAAGAUUAGCCUCACAAAGUGCUCGGAUGACAUUACAACCACCCAACACGGGUACUGUUCCGCAGAGCCUGAGUCUUGAUCGCCAUGCCGACCCAAUAUCUAUGGGUUGUGAAGAACUCCAGGUCGAAGCGUCUGUCGCGGAGCUCCAGAUCUGAAGAGUCGCAGAUACGUCACCAUGUCCAACGACAACGCUUGAUAGCCAUUCAAGAGAGAAGGAAGACUUCUACAGAUGAACAGCUGCAAAGACAAUCCCACGAGGAGAUUCCAGGUCGAUUUUCGCUUAAUCUGUGUUACCCAGACCUAACAGGUAGUGAGAAACGGGGUCUGAACCACUUCAUCAAUCGAACAGCGCGUGAAUGGUCAGGUUGGCAAGAUAGUGUUUUCUGGAAUAGCCUGGCACUCCAGACCUGCCAUCAGGAGCGCUCGAUUGCUCAUGGACUGAUUGCUAUUGGAGCAUGGCACGAAUAUUGCGGAUUACCAUCCCAGAACGCCAACCGGGCCUACCUUUGUCAGUUCGCCUUGGCACAAUCCGUUAAAGCGUUCGCACAAGGACGCAUUUCGAACCAUUCAACAUUGUUGAUCACACUAAUAUCCUGCAUCAUCUUGUCGACUUUGCAAAAUUUUCGAGACUACCAAGCAUAUCGUCUACUGCGCUCGGCAAAUGCCAUGCUCAAAAGGCUUGAUGAUCCGGAUGCCGCCUAUGACGCCGAACUUGAGGGCAUGAAUCGCGAUCUGGUUGAGAGGGAGGUCCGUCCACUUAUCAAUCGAAUGGAAGCUCGACGUUGCGUUAUGUGCGACCAGCCGGCAGCUCUAAUGUACUCGAUCCAACAAUCUCAACCUCAAAUUCAGUCAGUUUGUCAGCUGCCUGUCGUUCCUCAAGCUUUCACCACUCUACGCUCUGCUCGCGACAGCCUCGAAUCUAUCUUAAAUUGGGGCCAUGACCACGUUCCGGACUUCUCUUGUCGCGCCAAUAGCAAGGAAAUCUUCGGUGCUAUUCUUCGUGAUCGGAUUGGCCAAUGGCAAGCUGCUCUUGAUCACUGCCAGGAUCCUGGAACGUCCCAUAUCCUCCUUCAGAUCGCCUCGCUGAACAGACUCAUCCUUCUUUGCACUGUCGAGUCUCGGUCGGAGACUGAUUUUGACGUCUAUAAUCCGGUCUUCCAAAGAAUCGUGGAUCUUGUGACCUGUCUGCCCCGGCCCAGCUAUGCACACACAUAUGUCUCAUUUGGUAUCGACUGCGGCCUCAUCGACAUUGUUGCAUUAGUUGGAAGUCGUUGCCAUGAUCCAGUCAUUCGACGGACGGCACUAACAUGGCUCCUCAAUACCGAACGAUUCGAGGGCGACCGUCUCAGUUCCGAUAGCGGCUAUAUCAUUCGUGCUUGGAUGACACUUGAGGAAGGAGAUGGUCCGAUCUCUUCCGCUGCGGAUAUUCCAGAAUGUGUCCGUCGCAGGCUGGUACUUGGAGAGCGCUAUCACGCUCAAAGGCGGUUGAAGCUGACAUUUGCGCGGAGUCCAUACGAGUCUUCCACAGGAACGAACACAGACGUUAUCUGGCUGGAGGACACCAACCCUGCCAACCUCAAAGCAAUAGCCAAUACUCAUGGAGAGGAGAUGCCAGAUGUAAUCUUUAGUCCAUGCCAUGCCGCAUUUCUGGACGACGAGAAAGGCACGUACCAUCAUAUCCAUACGACAAAAUUCUACUUUCCCAUUUCGAAAGCUUGACAUUCGGAAUGCGAGGUAGUAUUGAGAGCUUAUUAAUAGAUCCCUUCUCCCUGUCUAGCAUAGUCUGGAGAUAUCGACUUCAAUCACAUUGCAUCACCUUUUGGAUUUGGCUGCAAAGGAAUGUGCUGGAUGCGCUGGAUGCGCUGAUAGCGUUCAAUCCAACUGAUGCACUGGGCACAUACCGGAUUCCAGUCUUUCGAUCACCCUGAUACCGACUGUCAUUUUCAACCAUGGCACAUCUAUGCAACACGUUUAUGUAAUACGAAUUGGUGGCAGUGGUUUCGAAAAAACCUCAACAGGGGCCGUGUCGGCCGUGAAUAAAUUACUUUUUGUAAUGUACACAACGUAUGCAUCGACGACUACGUCUG